AUGUCAUCCGAGAAAGACAAGUCCAAGGUCCACAAACUGUCGUUAAAGGGGUCGUCUAAGAUUGUCUCCGAAUUCUUUGACUACUCCAUUAACACAAUCCUCUUCCAGCGGGGCGUAUACCCCGCUGAGGACUUCACGGCUGUCAAGAAAUAUGGCUUGACCAUGAUGGUGACCGCAGACGACCAGGUCAAGGCCUACAUCAAAAAAAUCAUGUCUCAGCUCAGCAAGUGGAUGCAAGGUAGCAAGAUCUCCAAACUUGUGAUAGUGAUCACCGACAAGGAUUCGGGUGAGCAUGUUGAAAGGUGGCAGUUCGAUGUACAAAUAUUCGAUAAGUCGGCGAAAAGCAAAUCAUCCAGAACGGCGGCCGAUAAGGAGAACUCCGCUCGAGGCAUCGCCGACGCACCACCAGAGAAAACCGAGCAAGAGAUACAGUCCGAAAUACAGUCCAUCUUCCGGCAGAUCACGGCUUCUGUAACAUUUCUGCCGAUGCUAGAUGGAAACUGCACCUUCAACGUCCUCGUCUACGCAGAUGCAGACUCAGAUGUGCCUGUUGAGUGGGGCGAUAGCGAUGCCAAGGAGAUCAAGAAUGGUGAGAAGGUGCAGUUGAGGAGUUUCAGUACCAGUAAUCACAGAGUAGACACACUCGUCAGCUAUAGGCUUGGGGACUAG